AUGACGGGGGUUCCCCAAAAUCAGCGCAUGAUGCCCUACAAAUUGCCUGACAUUGAACGAAUCCGGGGAGGGUCGCAGAAGAAUGUCCAUGACGAAAAGACUGGACAAAUUGUUAUUUGCCUCAGCUCAGUUCAGCCCAGUCAACUGACGGAUGACGCUUGGGGGGGACGUGGAGAGGGAGAGAGUGCGUGGGUAGUCUAUGCAGCCGGGCCAUAUCAAAUUCAUGAUGCAGGAAUGGUCUCGCCUCCGGCCAUUUUGUCCGAAAGAAACCCUUCGGAGCGUCCCGAAGUCAUGACCGAUGCUGGAGGUCUUCCGAGACCAUCCCGGAGUUUAGCUCGGGGCUACAACACCGCUUUUCGGCUCUUGCUCACGUAUAAAAUCAAAUAA